AUGACCUGGAGACUGACUGAUGGUCUUGUGAUUGACCCUCAUUUUGUGGGCAUGGAUGAAGACGUCAAGAUUUUGGUCUCGAAGAUGAAGGAUGACAAAAGGCAGCGAAUAGUGAAGGUGUAUGGGAUGGGUGGUCUCGGAAAAACCACUCUUGCGAGAAAGAUUUUGAGUCAACUUGAUAGCAACGCAAAGAUUGAAGACAUGGAUGUUCAAAGUUUGCGGACAAAUAUUCACAGUCUCUUGUCGAAGAUGAAAUGUGUGAUUGUGAUAGAUGAUAUAUGGGAAGAUGCACACUGGGAGAGCAUAAGGAGAGCUAUUCCGUUGACGCAUAUGUGGAAUCAUUUGAAAAAGAUUGGAAGAGAAAUUGUGUCAAAGUGUGAUGGGCUACCACUAUCAAUUUGUGUUAUUGGAGGAAUUUUGCGCCAAACAAAACACACUUUGCCAGAAUGGAGAGAGAUAAAUGAGAACAUCGGAUCAAAAUUGAGGCAUGGAGAUGGUGUUAAAGAAGAGGAAAGAGUAAAACAGGUGCUUGAGUUGAGCUAUGAUGCUUUACCUUAUCACUUGAAACCAUGCUUCCUCUAUUUAGCAUGUUUUCCUGAGGAUCACAAGAUUGAUACAGAGAGAUUGUAUUUAUUAUGGAUGGCGGAAGGCUUCAUUUCAUACCAAGAUAAAGAACCUAACGAGACUCUAAGAGAUGUUGCCCAAAGAUAUCUAACUGAACUUGGUAUGAGGUGUAUGGUUCAACUGCAUGAAGCUGAGUAA